CGCCUCCGCAAGAAAGAAAAGAGGGGGAAGCAAAGCACAGAGGCGGCCGUCGCAGCAGCAACACAACCGCACGCACGAGGCCGCGCCGCCGCAGAUCUGUGGCCACGUUGAGCCGACCCGGAGCAGGGAGGGAGAGGACGGCGGCGAGCAGGCGGCGGAGAUGGACGUGGUGAAGGCCGCGCAGCUCUCGGGGCGGACGCUGGAGAAAGUGGUGGUGCACCCGCUGGUGCUGCUCAGCAUCGUCGACCACUACAACCGCGUCGCCCGCGACACCCGCAAGCGCGUCGUCGGCGUUCUCCUCGGCACCUCCUCCCGCGGCUCCGUCGAUGUCACCAACUCCUACGCCGUGCCGUUUGAAGAGGAUGACAAGGAUCCGAGGAUCUGGUUCCUCGAUCAUAAUUACCACGAAUCGAUGUUUUCCAUGUUCAAGAGGAUCAACGCCAAGGAGCAUGUUGUUGGCUGGUACAGCACUGGUCCAAAACUCAGGGAGAACGACUUGGAUAUCCAUGCACUUUUCAACAAUUAUGUUCCUAACCCUGUUCUGGUGAUUAUUGAUGUUCAACCCAAGGAGUUAGGAAUACCCACCAAAGCGUACUAUGCUGUGGAGGAGGUUAAAGAGAAUGCUACUCAGAAAAGUCAAAAGGUGUUUGUUCAUGUUCCUUCAGAAAUAGCCGCCCAUGAAGUUGAGGAAAUUGGAGUUGAGCACCUUCUGAGGGAUGUCAAGGACACAACAAUAAGCACGCUUGCAACAGAGGUAACCAGCAAGCUUGCAGCCUUGAAAGGAUUGGAUGCAAGGCUCAGGGAGAUCCGUGGGUACUUAGAUCUUGUAAUUGAAGGGAAGCUCCCACUGAAUCAUGAAAUUUUGUACCACUUGCAGGAUGUGUUUAAUCUGCUCCCAAAUCUCAAUGUAAAUGAGCUUAUUAAAGCCUUUGCAGUGAAAACAAACGAUAUGAUGUUGGUCAUAUACUUGUCUUCUCUUAUUCGGAGUGUCAUUGCACUCCAUAACUUGAUCAACAACAAGAUGCUAAACAAGGAGCAUGAGAAGGCCGAGGAUUCGAAGCCAGCGGCCAUACCUAGUGCUGCUGGGAGCUGAAUGUUAACCGUGCGUUGUGCUAGUGAUUUUGGACCCAGUGGAAGCCGAAAGAAUUGUGACAUGUUAGCAUGGUGGCGUUUGAACCAAUUGUCUUUGACCUUGUUUUUACACUUUUGAUGUUUAUUUCAUGUACGAUAAGGUCAACGGCAAAUUUUACAUUCUGUGAGCUUUAGGUCAUACCUCUUGAGCUUUCAUCUUGAUCUUAUAUACUGUUCCAUGGUCUGCAUCAUGUUUUGUGAUGCGGAUUGUCUUAUGAUUAACUUCUAGUAAA